AUGACCACUCUCCCCAACCGCCCCACCCUCACCCUCCUCUUCUUCCUCGUCCUCCUCAACUUCUACCUCUUCCACCGACUCCUCCGCCAACCCGUCCUCGACCUCCCAACCACCAUCGCCACCACACCCACCCCAUCACCGUCCCCAAUACCAACCACCACAACCUCAAUUCCACCCACCGAACCCUCCCCCGAACACGAAACCCAACCCAAACCCACAAUUCCCCUAAAACUGUGGCAAAAAACCGGCCCUCGAGGCCUCACCCCCCCAAGCGACAGCUACAUCAGCACGUGGAAGACCCUCACACCCUCCCUCCGACACGAGAUCCUCUCCGACGAGAGCAGUUCCGCGUACGUGGACUCCGCAUUCAAAGACACCUGGCCGUCCAUCGCGACCCUGUAUCAUGCGAUUCAAGUCCCCAUCGUGAAAGCGGACUUACUCCGCUUGCUGAUCCUGUACCAUGAUGGAGGCAUAUGGGCUGAUUUGGACGUUUCAUGCGAGGUCUCGUUGCUGGAGUGGGGAUUAGGCCUUGGGAUAGAAGUGGACACAAUCGUGGGCCUCGAAUUCGACGGCUGGCAAUUCGCCAGCUGGACGGUCCUAUCGCGGCCGGGAUCCCCACACAUGAAAGCCGCGAUCGAGUACGUCGCGAACCAACUCGAAACCAUCGCGGAGCAGAACAACGCCACCAUAGAAGAAAUCACCAUGGACAUGAUCCCAGAUGUAGUGGACGCGAGUGGUCCGCAGGCGUUAACGAUGGCGGUGUUAGGGAGUUUGAGUCGCGGACUGGGGGAGAAGAUCGGGCGGGCGAAUAUCACCGGGUUAAGGGAGCCGCGGUUGUUGGGCGAUGUGUUGGUGUUGCCCCAGGCGGCGUUUGCGGCGCGGCAGGGUGGAUAUCCUUUGGAUCAGGGGGCGUAUUUGGUGUCGCAUCAUUAUGCGGGGUCGUGGAAGAAUGAGAAUGGGGGGGAGUGA